AUGUGGCGACAAUGGUCACAACCACCUCUACUCCUAUUCAUCCUCACCUUCACCACUCUCCUCCCUUCCUCUUCCUCCGCCAUAGAUUUCCUCUACAACAACUUCACCUCCGCAUCAAACAUAACCGACCUCAUACUCAUCGAAGACUCCCGCGUAGAAUCCACCGUCAUCCGUCUCAUCAACGAGACCAACCAAUUCUCCUUAGGCCGCGUUUUCCACCCGCAAAAACUCUCAAUCAUCCCCGAUCCGACCCGAAACCCCACCCGUCUCUCCUCCUUCUCAACCUCCUUCGUAUUCUCCAUCCUCCCAGACAUCUCCACAAGCCCUGGCUUCGGUCUCUGCUUCGUCCUCUCCAACUCCACAUCCCCUCCAGGUGCCAUCGCCAGCCAAAACUUCGGUCUCUUCCCAAACAUGCCCUCUCGUCUCCCCGCUCCUCUCCUCGCAGUGGAAUUCGACACUGGUUUGAACUCUGAAGUCAACGACAUCGAUGGGAACCAUGUCGGAAUUGACCUCAACAGCAUCUUAUCCACUAAAGCUGAACCAGCAGGGUACUAUGAUUCUGUUAACGGAAGUUUUGUUUCCGUUAACAUGCGUAACGGUCAAAACAUCCACGCUUGGAUCGACUUUGACGGUCCGAAUUUUGAGAUCAACGUUACUAUCGCUCCUGCUGGUAUGCGUAGACCUCGCCGACCUACACUCACUUACCGUGAUCCAGUCAUAGCGAAUUAUGUCUCCGCAGAUAUGUUCGUUGGCUUCUCCGCUUCUAAAACGAACUGGGUUGAAGUUAGGAGAAUCCUCGCUUGGAGCUUAAGUGACACCGGAGCUCCUCCUCGAGAGAUCAACACGACAGGUUUACCAGUGUUCUUUCUUGAUCCUCCCUCCUCUUCUCUCUCAACCGGAGCAAUAGCUGGGAUCGUUGUUGGUUGUGUUCUCUUUAUAUGUCUACUUGGUUUAGGAGGUUACUUUAUUUGGUGGAAGCUGUUAAGAGAAGAGGAAGAAGAAGAAGCUGAGGACUGGGAGCUUGAGUUCUGGCCUCACCGUUUCACCUACGAAGAUCUCUCCGCUGCCACAGACUCUUUCUCCAUCAACCGUCUUCUCGGAUCCGGCGGGUUCGAUAUGGUGCUUGUGGAUUGGGUUAGGGACUUGUAUGGUGGAGGAGUGGUUGUUAAUGCGGCUGAUGAAAGAGUGAGGGCAGAGUGUGAUACUGGGGAUGAGAUUGAGUUGUUGCUUAAGUUAGGGUUGGCUUGUUGUCAUCCUGAUCCAGCUAAGCGACCUACUAUGAGGGAGAUUGUAUCACUCUUGAUUGGCUCGCCACAGGAGGAUUUGUUGACUGGACUCACGCCUGUAGCUGCUGUUGAUACUGCCUCUCCCUCUGCACAGGCCUGA